AUGAAGCAAAAUAUAACAUUAACACGCAAUCCUAAGCUCAUUACUUUAUUGAGCUUAAUUUUACUUGCCCUUAUUUACAUCUCAAUGUUCGGGUUUCUUGACGAUGACACUCCAAUAGAAUAUGAAAAAUUUAAUGGAACUUACGCUAAUCCAAUAUUCGGUAACAUGAAUUAUAGUGAAUAUAUCCCUGGAAAUUUGCCUUUAAUUAUUUCGAUUCCACAUGGUGGUCAUUUGUUUCCUCCUGAAAUACCUGAUAGAAAACAAAACCAUCCAAAUGUUGUAAAAUCUAAUGAUCUUAAGACUCAAGAGAUCGGUAGAUUGCUUGCAGAUAAAAUUACACUACGAUUUAAAGGAAGGAGACCUUAUUUAAUCAUUAAUCAUCUUGGGAGAAGUAAAAUUGAUGUCAAUAGACCAAUAAAAGAAGGGGUUGAGGGAAAAGAUUCCAUAACAUCGAUUGUUUGGAACGAUUAUCAUAAUUUUAUGCAGACUGCUAUUAAAGAUGUUGAAGCAAAUUUUGGUCAUGGACUUUUAGUCGAUGUUCAUGGCCAUACUCACCCAGAACAUUUUGUUGAGAUAGGUUAUGUCCUUUCAGCUGAAAUACUUUCACUUUCAACCUCACAAAUCAAUGCGAACCCUGAGAUUCAUUCGGGAUCAAGUAUUCGCGCUUUAUACACUAGAAAAUCGAAUAACCUCCAAUUUGCCGACUUACUUUAUGGUAAAACUACUUCACUUGGUGGUCGUUUACAGUCCCAUGGCUAUGAUACUGUUCCAUCGCAUAUUCAUCAACAUCCACUUGGGGAUGAAAAAUAUUUUCAUGGUGGUUACUGUGUACAAAAAUAUGGGUCACGACAUGCGGAACAAAUUAUUGAUGCAAUACAAAUUGAAAUACCGACAUCUUUACGAAUAGGGAAUAAGGAAAAGCGACAAAACUUUAUAACAGCAUUGUCAGAAAGUAUCUCUUGGUUUUUAACAAAGUAUUAUGGAUAG